AUGUCCGCACCUAAAGGUGGCCGCCAGUCUCCUGACCCGGAGCACCAGUCCGGAGCCCAACAGCAAGACCCUAUGUUCUCCAAACACACAGCCAUUGAAACGCGCCCGGCAGCAGAGCUCGGUCACAAAAUGGGUGAGACAAACGAUCAUCCGUUGCUUAGUAACCCUGUUCAUCCUUUGGAGAAGAUUGAGGCGGGUAAAUAUGGUCAAUCUAUCAGAGGUUUUGAAGAGAGAAGGAUCUUUGGAGCUAUGUGA